AUGGUUAAAAAGAAACGCGCCAAAUUCUCUGUCUCUCUUUCUCUCCUUAUCUAUCUAUGUAUCUAUCUACCUCUACCUCUCUCGCUCUCUUUCUAUUUAUCUAUCCAUCUAUCUACCUCUACCUCUCUCUCUCUCUCUCUAUCUAUCUAUCUAUCUCUACCUCUCUUUCUUUUUAUUUAUCUAUCUCUAUCCCUCUCUCUCUUUAUUUAUCUAUUUAUAUAUCUCUACCUCUCUCUCUCUAUUUAUCUAUCCAUCUAUCUAUCUAUUCCUCUCUCUCUCCCUCUCUAUCUAUCUAUCUAUCUCUACCCCUCUCUCUCUCUUUAUCUAUUUAUCUAUCUGUCUAUCUCUAACCCCUCUCUCUCUCUCUCUCUUUCUAUUUAUUUAUCUAUCUCUACUCCUCUCUCUCUCUCUCUCUCUAUUUAUCUAUCUGUCUAUCUCUACCUCUCUCUCUCUAUCUAUUUAUCUGUCUGUCUAUCUCUACCUCUCUCUCUCUCUCUUUCUAUUUAUCUAUCUCUACCCCUCUCUUUCUUUAUCUAUUUAUAUAUCUGUCUAUCUCUAUCUCUCUCACUCUUUCUAUUUAUCUAUCCAUCUAUUUAUCUAUACCCCUCUCUAUCUAUUCAUAUCAUCUAUCUAUCUAUCUAUCUAUCUACCCUCUCUCUCUCUCUCCUCUCUCUCUCUCUCUCUCUCUCGUUAUGUCUCUAUCUAUCUCUACCCCUCACCAUUUCACUGCACUCCAUCAUUACGGAUCGAUAUUACUGCUACCUGUAUUCAAUUUCAGCUCGGCUCCCACCCACGCUCCUCCUGACAUAUCGUUCACUCCCCCUUCCACCCUUUACCGAAGGCCCCCACCCCCACCCCCGCUGCCUCUCCUCCUCGCCACAGGAUUUGUUUCUUGUCUUACUCUUCAAUACUAAUUUUUUUUUCCUUUCAUUCAUUCAUUCUUUCCCCCCCAAAAAAAAAUCAUUUCUACUUUUCUAUCUGCUUGCCGAUACGGUAUUUGUUUUUGUUCCCCCCCCGCUUUCUGUAAUGCUGUUGUAUCUUACUUGA